UGGUGGGAGAGCGAGUCGAGUGACAGGUAGGACGGAGCGCAGUUAUCCUAGGUCUCGACAUUGGCAAUGCAGUGUGCGCUAGUGUCUUAUAUCCCUCUAGAUAUGAGCCAGCCAGUGAUAACCAUCCCACCGAUGAGAACUGCGACUCACUGAAUCCGGAGUUUAGGACUGAAACCGGUUAGGAAGAAAAGGGAAAGCUUCGGGAGAGCCAAAGACCACAACGCCGGCUUCCGGGGGUUCAGGGCAGCAUAUAGAAACAGCAUAAGGCGGUCUUCGGAAGGCGCGAGCAUCCAUUAGAUAUCAUUUGGAUAUACAACCACUGCUGUAGUGGAACCCUAAACAUGUCAAGAAAGGUCCACAGAACCGAAGUAUGCGCCGACUGCAGUGCACCAGAUCCGGGCUGGACCAGCAUCAACAGGGGCGUUCUGAUCUGUGACGAGUGCUGCUCGGUGCACCGUAGCCUGGGACGCCACAUCUCCAUCGUCAAGCACCUGCGGCACAGCGGCUGGCCCCCUGCACUGCUGCAGAUGGUGCAGACCCUGGCCAGUAAUGGGGCUAACUCGAUUUGGGAGCACUCCCUGCUUGACCCAGCACAGGUGCAGAGCGGCCGCAGGAAACCCAACCCACAGGACAAAGUCCACCCCACCAAGUCCGAGUUCAUCCGCUCCAAGUACCAGAUGCUGUCCUUCGUCCACAAGCUGCCGUGCCGUGAUGACGACGGUGUUACCACCAAGGAUCUCAGUAAGCAACUGCACUCCAGUGUGAGGACGGGGAGUCUGGAGACAUGUCUACGGCUGCUGUCCCUGGGAGCACAGGCCAACUUCUUCCACCCGGAGAAGGGCACCACUCCACUCCAUGUGGCAGCCAAGGCAGGCCAGGUUCUGCAGGCAGAGCUGCUGGUCGUGUACGGAGCCGACCCCGGCGCCCUGGACAUCAACGGACGCACACCCAUGGACUACGCCAGGCAAGCGGGCCAGGUGGAGCUGGCAGAGCGGCUGGUUGAGUGUCAGUACGAGCUCACAGACAGGCUGGCUUUCUACCUAUGUGGCCGACGCCCUGAUCACAAGAAUGGACAUUAUAUCAUUCCUCAGAUGGCUGACAGAGCUCGCCCUAAGUGCCCGACACAGAGCCUGGACCUCUCAGAACUGGCCAAGGCAGCUAAGAAGAAGCUCCAAGCGCUGAACAAUCGAUUGUUUGAGGAGCUGGCCAUGGACGUGUAUGACGAAGUGGACCGCAGGGAGAACGAUGCAGUGUGGCUGACGACUCAGAACCACAGUACUCUGGUGACGGAGCGCAGCGCGGUGCCCUUCCUGCCUGUCAACCCCGAAUACUCAGCCACACGCAACCAGGGUAGACAGAAGUUGGCCCGUUUCAACGCUCGUGAGUUCGCAACGCUCAUCAUCGACAUCCUGAGUGACGCCAAGAGGAGGCAACAGGGGAAAGGCCUGAGCAGCCCUACCGACUCUAGUCUGGACCUGGGGGCCGACGACGACCAGCAUGACUACGACAGCGUAGCGUCGGAUGAGGACACGGACAGCGAGCUGACUACUCAGAACAACAACAACACGCAGCGCAACAACCGGGCCAAGAGCAUGGACUCGUCAGACCUGUCAGACGGGCCCAUCACUCUGCAGGAGUACCUGGAGGUUAAGAAGGCCCUGGCCUCCUCCGAGGCUAAAGUCCAGCAGCUGAUGAAGGUCAACAACAACCUGAGUGAAGAGCUGCGCCGGCUGCAGAAAGAGAUCUCGCGGAUGCAGACGGAGAACAGUGCGUUGCGGGGCGGCCAGGUCGUCGGAGGAGGGGGAGCUGGCGGUUUGGGAGGCGGGGGAGGAGGCAGCCCGGCACAUUGGCAUGGGGGGGUGAGAGGCGGCGGAGGGGGAGGUAGGGGAGGGGACCACUCCAGCCUAGCCAUGUCCUCAGUGCCCGCCCACCGGAGGGACAGACAGGCUUUCUCUAUGUACGAGCCGGGGCCCGCCACCCCCAAGCCCCACUCCCACUCCCCAGGCCUGGACUCCCUGACGGGCCGCCUGCAGCCUCUGCACCCCACUGUGAGGAAGGGGGGUCCUGGCGGUCCGACACCCUAUGGAGGACAGCACCUCUCUAGCUCCAUGGAGAUGGGGAGAUACAUGGUUCCAAAAGGAGAGAAGCACGGCAGUGGCACUGAUAGUGACUAUGACAACACUCAGCUGUAUGAGCUGUCGCUAAGUAGGGGGCGCAGCAGUGAAGAGGAGAGCCGGGGAGAGUCGGAGGAGUGGGGUGGGGGCGAGGGGGGUGAGCCGGAUCCGACCCUGCCCUGCACCGAAGACGUCAUCCUCAAGACGGAGCAGGUGACCAAAAACAUCCAGGAGCUUCUGAGGGCCGCACAGGAGUUCAAACACGACAGUUUCGUUCCAUGCUCUGAGAAGAUCCACUCUGCUGUCACUGAAAUGGCCUCUCUCUUUCCCAAGCGGCCCGCCCUAGACGCCGUGCACUGCUCCCUGCGCCUCCUGGCGUCCAGCGCCUCCCGCCUCCAGGUGGAGUGUCGCAAGGCGGCACCCCCGGACCCCUCAGCGCCCGCCGUCGACUACCAGCUGCUCACCCAGCAGGUCAUCCAGUGCGCCUAUGACAUCGCCAAAGCCGCCAAGCAGCUGGUCACCAUCACCACCCGCGAGAAGAAACAGUGACGAGGGUCGAGAGGGGACAGACAAGGGGAGUUGCAAGACUGACAGAGGGAGGGGAGAGGGAGAAGGAUGGAGAUAGCCUCGAUUUCCAAGCUUCCUAGUCGAGUGAUGAAUGACACUUGGAAGGUUGGCAUCUCGAGGGAGAGGGAAAUGACAGCAAAGGGGAGAAGAUAUAUUGGCUGCAGACCGAAAAGAUCUCUGAGGAUGAAUAAAUAGAAAAUGAGGAGUCGAAGGUAGGGAAUGAAGAGCGGGAGAAGACCAGGUGGUAAUAUUAUAUGACAAUAGAACAAAGCUGAGAAUCCACUGCAGCCCUUGAUACUAUACCUGAGUGGACUGAGUGCAGCUCUAUGGGGGAGGGGACUCUAAGGAGGAGGAGGAGUGUGGACCAUUGAGAGUGUAAUUGCAUGCGGGAGAUGGGCACAGUGGCUCAGCUCUCAUCAUCUCACUAUGAUCUCAGUCUAUCGUUCCUUUGGAGAGGGGGGGGUCCUUUUACUUCAACACCCCUCUCUGUGCAGCGCCUCAAACUCUGAUGAGACUGAGGCAGGCUGGGGCCAGUCAGUGUGGCCUACAAGGGGGCCAGGCCUUGGAAGAGAUCCACCCUGCUCUACCCCUCGGUCUCUCAGACAACGCCUCCACUAUAGUCCCAGGCUCUGCUAAGGAGGGCCCUUGCUACUCCCUCAGACCCCCGGUACACUACAGCAUGUCUUGGCAUGGUGGACAAACGACUAGGGGAUUAUUAUUAUUUUUUUGCCAAUCCGUUGGCCUGUACCUCUGGGACAAGAAUUACUGACUUAAGAAAAAAAACUUACACUGGAAUUAUUGUGAUUUAUUAUUAUGCCCAUUGUUUUGUAUUUUUACUGUCAUGAGUUACAUUAUCAUGUAUGUUUACGUUGACGUCGUCUCAUGUAUGAUGGUUCCUGUUUAGGGACCAGGAAGAGCUGUGACAAUACUCGCUCGCCCUUUUGUCUGACUGGGUCUUGACACGUGCGCACACACACAAACACUUAACUUGUGAAAUGGUCCUGGAGCAGUCCAAUUCCUCCCAGGUGACGUUUCACUUUUUCCUUCCUAUAGAUGAUUUUUUCCCCCUACUUGUCAUGUUCCAAUAUGUCAGUAGCCAAGGGGUUGAACAGAUGCCAAAGGGGUAGGGAAGGGGUCUAACAUGCGAUAGGUAGAAAAAUCCCUGGAAGCGGCAUGAUGAUAUUAUAUAUUAUGCAGCCAUUGGCUGCUUCAGUCGCUAGGCAAAGCUUAUCAUCUCAAUCGCACUACAGUGGGAUGCAUACGACGCUCGCUCUUCAACAUAUGCCAACUCGAGGCAGACUAGCUAGAUGGGGAACAAAUGUUUUGUCAAAAUGACAAGCUGCACCUGCUGUAGGUUUGUGGGGGGGGGGGGGGGCACUGGGGAAGCUGCCCUGUUUUUAUACUUUACAAAAACAAGUGAACGGUCACACUUCGCUUGGUGACACACACACUCCACGUGUUUAGUUUGAUUUCUUAGCUUCAAGGACUUUAGUGAUCGUUUUGUCGGAUCUGGGUCAUGUUAAUUAUGAACUAAACGGUUGAAAACAGACUGAAACAGGGAGACUACUUGGACCCCCGCCACACACACACACACACACAGGCUUGUGUGAUCCUAGACACCUGAAAGCGCUUCCAUGUCACCUUGACUCAUGUUCUCUGAGCCACGGGGUCCCGUCGUUUCAUUAAUCCGCCUGACUGCUCUCGUGCUCACUACAUUUAGUGAACCUGUAAGGGGACGAGAUCUUUUAUCUGUUCCCCGUCAAAAUAUUGUCAAAUGUAACGUUCCAAUCAUGAUUGCCUCUGCACAUCUCCUGCUAGUCUGGCUUAAUACUUAGUGAUGUUGUAGCUGUUUGGGUUCCCUGAGUUGAUUAUCUAUCUCCAUCUCACACACUGGGACAGUAUCAAAUACUUUCUUCCCCAUUACAAUGUCCUCUGUUACCUCUCAGACAACCUGUUGUAGAAUAGAGGCCUAUAUAUAAACAUAUUUUCAUGCUAUUUUUUUAUUAAGCUACAUGUUCGUAUUGUGUUUGGGAGAUCUGAUCUAUUGAUGCUUGUUGUGGUGGGUUCCAGGCCUGAGGGUUAAGUGAAUAGGGUCUGAAGUCUGCCACUGGUUAGCACUAAACUCAUCUCAAGUCUGAGGGGAAAGGGCUAUUGCACAAUGCUACGCCUUCCCUCUUCUUCUUAGUGGGCAUGUUGGAAAUGUCAGUCUGCCUCCAUGUUGUGCACAUGUUCACAUGUGCAUCCCGAACACACACACACACACACACACUCUCAUCAUCAUGUUGUUCAGACAGUGGCACUGCUCUGUGCCCAGUACUGUUUUCUGUGUAUCACAAACCUGGGAGAUCAGUGAUGGGAGAAUAUAUUUUAACAGAAGUAAAAACUGUAAAAAGUAGAACAUUGAAAAAAGGUCAAUUGUAAUGGAAACUCAUAAGCUGUACAUUUCUAAUAAAAUAAAAAAACUAAAACAAA